GCCCCCUCCCCUGGCAGCGGUGGAGGGAGCGGCCGGGCUGCAGCCGCUUGGCAUCAGGAAGCUGCCAGUCUCGGUCCGGGCUGUGAACAGUGCGGAAGGAGAACUGAAGCGGUGGCGGAUGGGGACGGGACCGCCCGAUGCGGCCGCGCCGUCUUCGUUUCCCCGCCUCCCUCUGUCCCGCUGCGGCAGCGCUGUGUAGGCCUGAGUUCGGCUCCUGGGUCGGGGGCGACGCGGUAACGAGCGAUUGCAAGAAGAUUUCCAGCACGCUUACUGCAAACUCUGAGGAAGAUAUCAUUGAAGGGACGUUUCCCAUCAUGGUGAACGAGAAGCGCAAUGGCAACCUGCUCAUUGCCCUGGGACCCCAGCUGCAGGCCUACCCGGAGGAGCUGCUCCGUCAGCGGCGAGGGCAGGACGGGCAGCCUGAGUACCUGAUCCAGUGGCGUAUCGUCAGCUUGGAAGAGAGAGCAGUGGGAGGCAGCAGUGUCUCCUCUGCAGGGACCAAGCCGAAGAACAUCCUGAUGUGGAUGUCUGCAGAAGAGGUCUGUGCCAGCUGCCCGGCGCUGCUGGGCAAGAGGAAGCUGGAAGGGCAGUGGGGGAAAGAGGAGAAGGCAGCCGGCCCGUUUGCUGCAGAUGUCCCGCUGGAUGAAGCCUCUCUGCUGGAGAUGAAGGCUGAUGUCAGGAGCCUGGUGCAGCGAGCUGGGCGUCAGAUGGCCGAGACCGGGGCCCCCGAGUCCUCCAUCCUCAACACCAUCCACGUGCUGAGUGCGUACGCUGGCAUUGACUCUCUGGCGGGUGCCUUCAGGGAGACGGGAGCCCUCGUGCUGCUGAUGAAGAUGCUGUGCCACAAGGAGAAGCAAAUCCGCCACAGCGCUGGCAAGAUGCUGAGGGCCCUGGCUUCCCAUGAUGCAGGGAGCCGAGCCUAUGUCCUGCAGUCCCUGAGCCAGCAGGAUGGCAUUGAGCGACACAUGGACUUUGACAGUCACUACACCUUGCUGGAGCUGUUUGCUGAGACAACAUCCUCUGAAGAGCACUGCAUGUCCUUUGAGGGGAUUCACCUUCCCCAGGUCCCAGGGAGGCUGCUGUUCGUCCUGGUGAAGCGCUACCUGUGUGUGACUUCUCUGACAAACAAGCUCAGCACUGGUGUGGAGCAGGGAGGAGAGCAGGAGGACUGCGCUGUGCCCAGCCUCCUCUCUGAGGAGAAGAGCCGUGUGAAGCAGGAAUUUGAGUUCAGCAUGGCCAUGGCAAGCCUCAUCUUGGAGCUGGUGCAUGUGAUGGGCUGGGAUCACAGCCACAAGCCAGAGCUGUUGCCCCAACAGGAGUUGCAGCCUCGCACCUCCAUCUUCCAGCCCAAGACCCCUCCCUUCAGUGCUGCCCAAAUGCCUGUGCUCAUCUCGAAUCGUGGUCUGCACAGAAAGCAGGGUCGUGCCUUCCUGACCCUGUCAGACUUUGCAGACCGCAGUGGCUACGUGGAUUACUUGAAGGCAAACUUGGUGCACGGCAUGAAAGUGCUGCUGGAGGACUGUGGUGAUGUUAGAGCUGGGGAGGAAGGCGAGGUUCUUCAGAACAGUAAUAGCAUGCGUGGAGUGCAGGUUUUAUGGCAGUCAGUAGGUUGGACCUGCUGGGUGCGUUUUCACAUGUUGGAGAUUGUUGACUUUGGAGAGCAGUGGGAAGAUCUUGCUCCUCAGAAAAAAGAAAAUGGUCUGAUAGAGAGCUUUAAUCUAGAUAAAGUUACACAGCCGUUUGUCUGCAAGCCCUUUGGGGGUCUGUACUCCCUGCCUUACCUGGGGGAGCAUCCAAGCAAGGCUGCAGAGGCCCUGAGUCGUACCGAGUGGUGGGAGCUGCUCUUCUUUGUGCGGAAGCUGGAAGCACGGCAGCAGAAGGAAAUCACCUGUCUCAUCCAGCAGGACCAGGGAGAGCAGCUGUUGGAGAUGGAUGAAGAAGCCCUGAUCCAGCUGUCAGUACCCGUGGAGCUGGCCCAGAAAGUCCUGCAGAUGUUGGAGAGGUGGUGUCAGGGCAGCACUCAGCGUGACCUGCGUGGCUCCCGCAUCUACGCCAAAUACUUCCUCAGCAAGGGGGCUGAGCAGGGUGGUGGGGGGAGCACUGCAGUGUCCUCAGAGGGUGCCAGCUGCAGGAGCACUGGCUCUGAAGCCACAAGAGCCAAGCCAGGAAAGGAAGAGAUAUCAGCAGCCACAGUGCCGCCUGGAGCCCCCACUGCAGCAGCAAAGUCAGAUUCAGAGCUGUUCAGAGAGCUCCUUGAGAGAGAAGGGCUGUUCUUCCCAGAGGUGACUGAGGAGCAGAUCAGAGGAGGAGGGCUUGAGAGGGGCUCGCUGGCCAAGAUUGCAGCUGUGGUGGACACGAUCCAGAGCAGCACCUCAGAGGUGGGUCUGCGCUUAGCUGGGCUCAAGCACAUCUUGAAGAUCCUGGAGGAGGAGCCUGAGCCCAAGCAGCAAGUCGGCAAAGCCCGGGGCGAGCUGGGGCCCAGGAGUUGUGGGGAGAUGCUGGUGAAGGUGGCAGUGGAGCUGCUGAGCACUGGGGUGGCAGAGAAGGCCCUGGUGGUGGUGGUGCUGCGGCUGCUGGCUGUGCUCAUGGCGAAGGACGACCAGCGCCUGCAGUUUGCCACAGAGGGUGGUGUGCGGGCUGUGCUGGCCUCCAUGCAGCAGCACGACUCCUCUGCCCUGGUGCAGCAGGCUGGCCUGGCAGCCCUGAGGGUGCUGGUGGGAGCCGUGGCCAGCAAGCCAGGAAGUGCCGGAGGGGAACCCUCACCCCUGAACCACGCCGAUGCGCAGAUGAUGCGGGAGAUCUUUGCCAGCAUCGGCUCUGCCUCCAGCAAGGGCUCGGCAAGCCUGCUGAGUGCCAUCCCUGCUGCCAUUGUCACCAUGCAGAGGGUCCCAGGGGGCUCCUCAGGCGUGCGGAACGGCUUGCUGGUGGUGAACAUGCUGAUCGACGGCCACCGGGGCCUGGCUGAGCAGCUGGUGAGCUGCGGUCUCCCCAAGGUGCUGCAGAGCUGCUGGUGGGAUGGACAGAGCACCGACUGCCCUCACACGAUGCUGGCCCUCAGCGUGACCAGCCGUCUGGCGGAGCACCGGCCACCCCUGGGCCCGGAGAUGGCAGGUGGAGAGGCCCCGCUGGACCUGAGGGAUGUGCAGAUGGUUCUGGGCAGCCUGGGGGAUGGCAUCUUGCCCAAGGAGGUGGUGGUGGCCCUGGAGCGACAGCUCUGCAGUGAAGGCCCUGACCCCUCUGACGAGGCAGCCCAGCUGCUGCGGGACCCAAGGUGCUUCAGGCUGUUGCUGCACAGCUUGGAGGUGCUGGGGGCAGAGAAGGCCAUGAGCCUCAGCAUCCUCAGGAUCCUGAACAAGUUCCUGGAGGGCUACGAGGAGGAUGUGCUGCCCUGGAACGAGUGUGUGGAGCCCUGUUUGUCCUCACUGAGUGCCCACAACAGUGACCGGGAGGUGGUGCAGGAGGUCGUUGGGUUCCUGCAUCGCUUGGCCACCGCCAGCAAGGACUGCACAGUGGUGAUGUGCCAGGUGGGCACCCGCGAGGCCCUCUCCAAAGCUCUGGAAAAGCACAGCACGGCCCCGUCGCUGGCACCAGCCCUGCUCAACCUGGUGACUGAGUGUGAGAAGUACGCCAGUCUCUACAAGAAGCUGAUGACCAGCAUCUUGGCUGGCUGCAUCCAGCUGGUUCUGGGGCAGAUUGAGGAGCACCGCCGGAGCUACCAGCCCAUCAGCAUCCCCUUCUUUGACGUCUUUCUGCGCAACCUUUGCCGAGGCUCCAGCGUGGAGGUGAAGGAGGACAAGUGCUGGGAGAAGGUGCAGGUCUCCUCCAACCCCCACCGGGCCAGCAAGCUCACAGACAGGAACCCCAAAACCUACUGGGAGUCAAAUGGCAGCACCGGCUCCCAUUUCAUCACUGUCCACAUGCAGUGUGGCGUGGUGGUCAGGGAGAUGAGCAUGCUGGUGGCCAGCGAGGACUCCAGCUACAUGCCAGCUCGUGUUGUGGUGCUGGGGGGAGACAGCCUUGCCACCAUCAGAACGGAGCUCAAUGCGGUGACCAUCCUGCCCUCAGACAGCAGAGUGAUCCUGCUGGAGAACAUGACCCGCUUCUGGCGUGUCAUCCAGAUCCGGGUGAAGCGGUGCCAGCAGGGUGGCAUUGACACACGUGUGCGUGGCAUCGAGGUGCUGGGUCCCAAGCCCACAUUCUGGCCCAUCUUCAAGGAGCAGCUGUGCUGGCGGACAUUCCUCUCCUGCACUGCUCGGGCUCAUGCCUGGUGCCAGGAGAUCUGCCGGGACCGUAGGCAACUGCUGCAGCUCUUUGGCAAGUUGAACCAGGCACUGCGGCACGAGCAGGACUUUGCUGACUGCUUCCUUCCUGACGAUGAGGUGGCCCAGGCCUUGGGCAGGACCUGCUGGGAGGCCCUGGUGAACCCCUUGGUGCAGAGCAUCACCAGCCCAGAUCCCCAUGGCAUCAGUCCCCUGGCCUGGCUGCUGAGCGAGUAUCUGGAGAGCAAAGAGACACCCCACCAUGUCACCAGCCAUGGUACUGCCUUUGGUUCUCGUGUGCGGCACCUGACCCAGCUCCUGGUGCACGUGGACCCCGGUGGCCCAGAGCCGGAGGAGGUGGGAGCAGCUGGUGGGAAGGAGGGGAAGGUGCUGGCCAGGGCUGCCAAGGUGGUGGCAGAGAAGUCAAGCAGCCUGUGGAGCAUCUCGCAGUGCUGGCGUGGUGUGGUGCAGCAGCAGGUUCAGCGGUUCCUGGAGGCAGCAGGGCAGGCACCGGACCUUGUGGAGCAGUACUGCGCGCUGUACCGGCGCCUGCGCAGCGCCACGGAGGAGCUCUUUGGGCAGCAGGCCGCCUUCCUCCUGGCCCUGGGACAAGGCUUUGCAGGGGCUUUGCUGCAGCUCUCCUUCCUCACCAGCCUGCAUGUGAGUGAGCAGUUUGCCCGCUACCUGGACAGGCAGAUCCAGGAGCUCCAUGGGGCUGUGGGCAGCACGGAGCUGCUGCAGCAGAUCCUGGAGCCCUUCGUCAUCUUCAGUGGCCUGGAGCUUGCCCACACCUUUGAGCACUUCUACAGGCACUACCUGGGGGACCGUCUCCUGGCACAAGGGCCAUCUUGGCUGGAAGGAGCUGUCGUGGAGCAGAUUGGGCUGUGCUUCCCCAGCCGCUUCCCCCAAGAGAUGCUGAACAACCUGGCUGAGUCUGAGGAGCUCCAGCAGCAGUUUUGCCUCUUCCAGCUGCAGGAGCAGGACAAGCAGCUGCUCGAGCUGGACAAGGACCUGGAAGAGGCACCAGGUAUGGCCUCAGCAGCGGGUGUACCAGAGGUGAAGGUGCUGGCUCUGUCACCACGCUGCUGGCCCAUUUCCCCAUUCUGCUACAUGGAUGAACCUGGGAGGUUCUUCUCAGCAGACCUGAGCUCCCCCCUGGAUGAGUUUGCUGACUUCUGCAGGCGCAGCCAGAGCCAGCUGGGCUGGGUGUGCAGGAAGCCCCGGCAGCUGCAGUGGACGUGGCUGGGCCAUGCUGAACUGCAGUUUGGAAACUGCAUCCUCCAUGUGUCUACACUGCAGAUGUACAUCUUGCUGUGCUUCAACAGUGCUGAGGAGGUGUCUGUGGAGGCCUUGCUGCAGGCUACAGGGCUCCCUGCUGACCUGGUGCACCAUGCCCUGACACCGCUGACCCACAGCGAAGGUGUCCUGGUACAGAGCUGCAUGCCAGGAGCUCCAGAUGUGCUGCGGCUGAACCAGGCAGCCCUGGCCCAAGCCUCUGGCAGCCACCUGAGGCUGCUGCCCCGGCAGAGGUACCUUCGGGCAGAGAGGGCUGAGGUCAGUGCCCUGGAAAGGAAGAGGAACAUCCUCUGCUGCCUCAUCACACGCAUCCUCAAGGUGGAGAAGCAGCUCCACAUCGACAACCUGGUGUUCAGGGUGAUUGAGGCCUGUCUGAAGGGUGAUUCGGGGCCAGGGCUGCAGUUCCUGAGUUUCUGCUGCCACAGUGUGGAUGUCCGGUCCUGUGUCCUGCACCUGCUGAACCAGGGCUAUCUCCGGCGCCUGGAGGAGAGGCCUCAUGUCUUGGAAUACAUCUCUGCUGAACCCACAGCACCUCUUGGGGGGCAGGCACAAAUGGUUUUCCAGAGCAGGUCACUAGAGGUAUCUCCAGAUGAGGACAGUAGAGACUGUCUGUAUUGGUUGAAUCCUGGCAUAGGUGGCUUGGAGGAGUUCCUUGUGGCCAUGCUGCAGAUGCCAAUGGGUCACACGCUUAGUCCAGAGGAAGCAAAGCUGCUUAUGAACCAGACAGUACAGCAGGUCCAGGAUACUCUGAGCAUCUCAAGUGAUGUUGCUCAGCAUCUCCUCAUGCACUGUAGGUGGAAUGUGGAUUUCCUUGUCCAGUGCUAUGUGGAGAACCGUGAAACCUUGCUCAUCUCCUCGGGGCUGCUAGUGCAGGAUGUCCAGCCCCCUCCAAGACCAGGAACCCACUGCCCAGUCUGUGUGAAUCAGCUGUGUCCCACUGAGAAACCACCAACCCUCUGCUGCAUGCACUACUGCUGCAAGCCCUGUUGGAGUGAAUAUCUCACAACUCGCAUUGAACAGAACAUGGUUGUCAGCUGUACCUGUCCCAUUUCUGAGUGCCGUGCACAGCCAACUACAGCCUUCAUUUGUUCCAUUGUUUCCUCUGAGGAGAUUAUAGCCAAGUAUGAAAAAGCCCUCCUCAGAGGCUAUGUUGAGUGUUGCUCCAACCUGACAUGGUGCACCAACCCUCAGGGCUGUGAUCAGAUCAUCCUUAAGGAUGGACUUGGUUAUGGGGCAGCCUGUUCAAAGUGCUCCUGGAUAUCCUGCUUCAACUGCAGCUUCCCAGAGGCCCAUUAUCCUGCUAGCUGCAGCCACAUGUCUCAGUGGGUGGAUGAUGGUGGCUACUAUGAGGGAAUGACAAGUGAAGCCCAAAGCAAACAUCUGGCUAAGCUCAUUUCAAAGCAUUGCCCAAGUUGCCAGGCUCAGAUAGAGAAGAAUGAGGGGUGUCUGCAUAUGACGUGUGCAAAGUGUAAUCAUGGCUUCUGUUGGCGUUGCCUCAAGCCCUGGAAGCCAACUCAUGAGGAUUACUACAACUGCUCUGCUAUGGUGAGUAAAGCAGCUUGGCAGGAGAAGCGUUUUCAGGAUUACAAUGAGAGAUGCACCUUACAUCAUCAUGCAAGGGAAUUUGCCACAAGUCUGAGGAACAGGGUUUCUUCCAUCAGUGAGAUGCCAAAAAUUAGGACUUUGACCUUUGUACUUGAUGCCUGCAAAGUGCUAGAACAGGCACAGAAGGUGUUGGCCUACACUUGUGUGUACAGCUACUAUAGCCAGGACACUGAGAGCAUGGAAAUUGUGGAACAGCAGACUGAGAGCCUAGAGCUACACACUAAUGCUCUGCAGGUCCUUCUGGAGGAAACACUGCUGCAGUACCAGGACCUGGCCACUUCUCUUCAGCUCCUGAAAGCAGAGCAUUUCAGUGCUGGUCUGGAGAUGGUACACCGCAUCAAGGAGCGUCUCUUUGCAAUUCUCUGGCACUCCACACAGGAUUUCCGUGUUGGGCUCCAGACUUUGGCAGAUCCUGAUCAGAGAAAGGUGAAACUCUUGAAUGUGCCUACUUCAGCUCCUGCCGGCGUAAGGCCAAUGCGUACCAUCUUGUGUGGCUCCUCCAGCACAGAUGAAGGUGGCAAAGGGGUUGAAGAUGAGGAGUAUGAACCACAGUGGCAGGAAGACUAUGAUGACGACGAUGACCUUGAUGAAGAUAAUUUUCUGUUUGAUGACGAGUCCGAUAACAUAGAUUGUGACUCCUACUUUGAUGAUGAUGAUGCCUAUGACUAGAAGUGGGCUGUAACCCAGCCUGCCAGCCUGGACCUCUGCCUGUACUCUGUCAUGACCAUUUUGCAUUAGUGUCUUUCCUCUAAGAUGGUGAAAUGCUCUCAGGAAGAACAAUGAGACAUUUCCUCGGGGGGCUACUUGCUCAGUGACUCCCUUUUAAUAUAUGGAAACAUUGCUCUGGACAGAUGGGCUAUGUAAUUUUGGCCACCUCUCUCAGAGAGACACUUUUCUCCUUUGCCUCUAUUUCUCUCCAUAGGUAUCCAAUUGAGAUAGUCACAGUGCAGCUGCAGAGUGAGGACUACUUGCCACCUGUUAAAGGACUUCUUGGUGUCCUUGGGUAGGCUCUCACCAAGGACUGGGCACAGGUGAUAAGUGUGUCACGUGUCCUAGCAUGGCACUGUCUAAUCCAUCCAGGGUCUAGAAAAACUGUAAAAUGAUGUGUUUACAUUCAAGUCAAAGCCUUCCACCUGGAGCUGGUGGGGUUCCCGCCAGAGCUACAGGGGGAUGUAGUUCAGUGCAUUCCUCUAGUUGAGGGUGACAACUUUUUUGCUGUUUUUUUCUGCUACAAGGCAGGAUGAGCUGCUGAGUGGCACAAAGUUGCAGCACUGUUUUUAUAAGGGUAUAACUGUAUGCACACACAUAUAAUAUGUAUUAUAUAUAUAUAUAUAUAUAUGCAGAGGUUGUUCAGAUAAUACUUUAUCUUUGCAAAAAAGAAAAC